ACUGCUUGUCAUCUCCAGUUUCUGUUUGACAUUUCUUGAGGUUUUUGCAGCAGGCUUUCCAAAGGCAAAUAAGAAAAAUCCCAUAAAAUAUGUGGUUCGAAGUCUUACCAUCGGCUGUCAUCAUCACUGUGGCCUUGUCUGUGCCUACAUACGCCAUGUAUGGCCUGCAAAAGCUCGUCCUUGGCAAUGCCUACCGCCGCAACUUGGAUGAUCGUUUCGAUCGUGUUAUGUAUUUGCGCGACAGACGACUGACUGACAAUCCCUACAACAUGAAUGGCUUGGAACAAAUUACUGAUCAAUAAACUAGCUCUAAGCUUAACGAAAUUAUAGAUUAAACUAGCCAAGCAAAUCCAAGUUGUGUAUGUAAAAAAAUUUAAAUUUGAAUUCAAUAAAACGAAAUCCAUAACAACAAAAAAAAAAAA